UUGUUGACAAGCUCUAAUAAUAUGCAGUAGGGUGUGCCAUUAUUAGUCAGGUCUUGGCAACACAUUAAGUAAAAAUAUUACAAAAAUGGUACUAGUAAAUUCCUGUUGGUCUCCAUGCAUUUGGACUGAUAAUCUGAGAUCAGGUUGCAAUGCAAUUGCAUAUUACACUGGAGCAAUGAGCAUUGUUUUAACGACUUUUGUUAUAUUUAACAUGGCAGGUGGAGAUUCCACGCAGCUAUAUAAUCCCUUAUUUGAAGCUGAUGUGAGAUUGUCUAUGCAAGUUGUGGGAGCUUUCAUCAUACUCUAUUUUGUAUUGUUGGUCGCAUCAGCUGUUUCACUGGUGUAUGGUAUAAGAGAAAUGGUAAGAGGGUUUAUGGUUCCAUGGAUGAUUAGUUUUGGAUUUGCUAUUUUGUUUCAACUUGUGUUUGGCAUGUGGCUGAUUGGAGGAUAUUAUAUUUAUCUUGAAACAGUACUCUAUGCCUUGGUUAUAUGGUCUUGGAUGGGCUAUAAUGUUUAUUGUUGGAUUGUAGUUUACUCCCAGUACAAGGUGAUAAAGAAGUUGCAGUCUCCCAAUAUUGAACUGUUGUGGCCUUAAGGCAUUAUUUUAUUUUGUAACAAUCCGUCCACAUAUAGACUAAGAUUUUGUAUUUUAAAUCAUUUUUAUACUAUCUAUACACUAUAGGUUUAGAUAUUUUGCCUUCUUUUGUUUUUAUAUGGAAGUUUUUAAAUAUAUUUUUAUUUAA